AUGCCAACAAUGAGUUUUCCUACAAAUAAAAUAUAUUUAUUUCUAAUACUUACUUCACUUGCUUGGAAUGCAUAUAAUACACAUCAAUAUCAAGUUUUAGUUGAACGUCAAAUAAAAUUAGAGAAUAUAAUUGCAGAAAUCUUACCAUCUUCAUUAUCAUUACAGUCUUCAAAUCAAAUACAAAUAACACCAACAUCAUCAUCAUCGAUUGAACAAUGGUUGACAAAGGCUCUUCAAUUUAUUACACAAUUCACAUUAAAAGAUGUAACAAGCAAUACCAGCAGUCAUACAAUUGGUCAACCAAAUAUAAGUAUCAUACGUCAACGACGAAAUGUUCAAGAAUCGCAACAAAAUAAUUGUUUAUGUCCUCCAGGUCCUAAAGGAGAAAAAGGUGAUCGAGGCUUUGCCGGAUUUCCUGGUGAAAUGGGACCCAAAGGCGAACGAGGUUAUCCAGGUUCAAUUGUUUGGAAUGGUGUAAAGGGUGAAAAAGGCGAACCAGGCCGUGGUGGAGAGGUAGAACGUUCAGUGUCAUCGUCUCAAAUGAAACAUAUUCAAGGUCCACCUGGUCCACCUGGCCCACCUGGUAUAGCAGGACCUAAAGGUGAUAUAGGCCCUGCUGGUCACAACGGCAUUGGUGAAACUGGACCACCAGGACAAGAUGGUGAAAAAGGCAGUCGAGGUCCUAUUCUUCGGCCUAAAAUGCGCCGAUUUGUUGUUUUAAAAGGCGAUGUUGGACCACCAGGCGUUAAAGGAGAACGUGGUGAUUCUAUACUUGGACCAAAAGGUGAUCGUGGUUCUCCUGGUUUACCUGGAAGUCCAGGAACUUCUGGACAAAAUGGCCGUGAUGGUGUUGAUGGACAAAAAGGUGAAAUGGGUUAUCAAGGGCCACCAGGAAAAAAAGGUGAUCGUGGUGGAAAAGGUGAACCAGGAUAUAUUCAAAAAGUUGAUUUUAAUUCAACACAUAUCGUUAUGAUGGGUCCACCUGGUCUUCCAGGACCAAAAGGACGCAUUGGUCUUCCUGGUCAACCUGGAUAUAAUGGAGAAAAAGGUGAUCGCGGAGAAACUGGUCAGAUGGGCGACAAAGGUGAUCAAGGCAAAGGAGAAAAAGGAGAUCGAGGUGCAAUGGGUUUACCUGGCUAUUCAAUGGGUAAUCGAGGUGACCAAGGUUCACGAGGUACACAAGGAGAAAAAGGAGAAAGAGGAGAAGAAGGUCGAGAAGGACCACGAGGUUUUCGUGGACGACCAGGUUUACCUGGUCCUGCUGGAAUGGAUGCAUUACCAUGUCCACGUGAACUAUUAUCAAAUUUCGACAAUAUGUGUACGUCAUGUUGUAAAAAACCAUAA